CGCUUGCCGUCCUUAGUCUGGGGGUGGCCGCUCCGGAGCGGAAGGACGAGCUGCUGAAACCGGACGAAGGGACGGAUUUACCCGUCCGCCCCUGCCUGAAGCUCCGAUUCACUUGACCUGAGAGUCAUAUAGGUAGCUAAUGAGCUGAGGGUUUUAUUUAUUUUUACCAAUUACUCAUCAUAAGGCUAUCUGCUAAUAGACAAAAAUAUACAUGUAUAUGUGAUUUUUCCCAAAUAACAGAAAGGAAUUAGCUAGCUACCAAGCCACUUGCUUGCUUGGACUCCAAAUUGGUGGAUUAACGCCAGCAGCAUCAAGGAAACUAGACUAGAUUUGCCAGUCACGACAUGACCUUACUGGAGAGGACUGAUGUUGGGCCUGCGUCUCCCGCAGCAGUCCCUGGCUGUGCUGCUGCAGGGUGCGGGGGAUUUGAGCUGGAACUGGCAGCAUCAGGAGAAAGUGAAGAUGUUGUUUCACAGCCAUGGCCGUGAGACAAAGCUUGUCCGAAAGGUAAACCUGCAAAAUUCAAGAUGGCGGAGCACACGGUGGAAGACGAUAACUAUUUUGUCAGAGAAAUUGAGAAAAAUGACGGAUCUAUCUUGAAGAUGAAGCAGUGCUUUAAAGGAGAUGUGGGAUGUGUGGUGUGGGAUGCUGCAAUCGUGCUUUCAAAAUAUUUAGAAACUAAACAGUUUUAUGAUCCUAAAACGGGUGUAAACCGAUGGGUUCACAAAAGUGUUUUGGAGUUGGGAUCAGGUACGGGAGUUGUCGGUCUAAUGGCAGCAACGUUGGGAGCUGAAGUCACCGUUACAGACUUGGAAGAUUUGCAGUCCUUACUCGAAGUGAACAUCCGAGACAACCAGGCACUCGUCAACAGUGGAUCCAUCACAGCCAAGGUACUAAAAUGGGGUGAAAAUGUGUCAGAAUUCCUGCCUCAUCCUCAUUUUAUCUUGAUGGCAGACUGCAUCUAUUAUGAACAGUCUGUGAAGCCUCUGGUGGAAACUCUGAAGCUCCUGGCUGGUCCGGACACCUGCAUCAUCUGUUGCUACGAGCAACGCACAGUUGGCAUCAACCCCGAAGUGGAGAAAAGUUUUUUUGAGCUGCUGCUCAGAGACUUCCUGUGUGAAGAGGUCCCUUCGGAAAUGCAGGACCCAGAGUUCAACAGUCCAGAUAUCCGCAUCUUGCUUUUAAGGCUAGCAGCCUGAUCUGUGUGUGUGCGUGUGCGUGUGCGUGCAUCGCAGCUCAUGGAAGGAAUUUCAUUUACUGUAAUCGAUAUGUAGAAUCAGAUACGGAAAAAAUCUGCAGACUUUCUUUGAACAUAUAUGAUCUCACCUCAGCCAGAAUGAGAUGGAGUGAGGUCACUCUACAGUUCUGUCGGCGCCGUGGGUUAUUUUUAUACCUCUAUACACGGAGCUUCAACAUCUCGUGUUAUGCUGUACGAAAUACACGACAACAAACAAGUUCCAUAAUAAAAGAUCAAGAAUUACAUAAUGUAAAAUGUU